GCGCGGAGCCCGAGGCGGCGGGGGACGGGAAGUGGGCGGGGCCGGCCAGAAGCGGCUCUCGGGGCAGGGAGCCGCGGAGUAGCAGAGCGAAGACCAUCGGGAUCCCAGCAGAGACACAACCCCCCCCUCCCCGCCCCGGGAUGCUCUGGGCAUGGCCUCUGAAGCCCCCCAGCAGAGCAGCCAGCCGGCAGAGGAGAUCCCAGGCUUCCUGGACGCCUUCCUCUGCGACUUCCCAGCUCCACUGAGCCCAGAGAACCCUGCACCAUGGAAGCUCCCGGGGACCGUGCUGAGCCAGGAGGAGGUGGAGGGCGAGCUGGCUGACCUGGCGCUGGGCUUCCUGAGCAGCAGGGGCGCCUCACCACCACUUGGUUCAUCUCUGGCCCACAAGGCCGUUUCCCAGCUGCUACAGACAGACCUUUCUGAAUUCAGGAAGUUGCCGGGGCAGGAGGAGGAGGAAGAUGACGACGAGGAAGAGAAGGCCCCUGUGACCCUGCUGGAUGCCAAGGGCCUGGCACACACCUUCUUUAAUCGGCUCUGGGAAGUGUGCAGCCAGUGGCAGAAGCAGGUGCCCUCGACUGCGCGGGGCCCUCCAGGGCCGUGGCUGGUCUCCAUGCAUGCCAUCCGGAAUACCCGCCGCAAGAUGGAGGACCGGCACGUGUGCCUUCCCGCCUUCAACCAGCUCUUCGGCCUGUCCGACCCCACGGACCGAGCCUACUUUGCCGUGUUUGAUGGUCAUGGAGGGGUGGAUGCCGCCCGCUAUGCCGCUGUCCACGUGCACACCAAUGUUGCCCGCCAGCCCGAGCUGCCCACGGACCCCGCCAGAGCCCUCAGAGAAGCCUUCCGGCGCACUGACGAGAUGUUUCUCGGGAAAGCUAAGCGAGAGCGGCUCCAGAGCGGCACCACGGGGGUGUGUGCACUCAUCGCAGGAAAGACCCUGCACAUCGCCUGGCUCGGGGACUCCCAAGUCAUCCUAGUGCAGCAGGGACAGGUGGUGAAGCUGAUGGAGCCGCACAGACCUGAGCGACAGGACGAGAAGGAGCGCAUCGAGGCACUGGGUGGCUUCGUGUCUCACAUGGACUGCUGGAGAGUCAACGGGACCCUGGCCGUGUCCAGAGCCAUCGGGGAUGUCUUCCAGAAGCCCUAUGUGUCAGGCGAGGCGGACUCGGCCUCUCGGGAGCUGACCGGCUCCGAGGACUACCUGCUGCUGGCCUGUGAUGGCUUCUUCGAUGUCGUCCCCCACCAGGAAGUCGCCGGCCUCGUCCAGAGCCACCUGGUCAGGCAGCAGGGUGGCGGGCUGCAGGUGGCUGAGGAGCUGGUGGCCGCAGCCCGGGAACGGGGCUCCCAUGACAACAUCACAGUCAUGGUGGUCUUCCUCAGGGACCCCCGAGACCUACUGAAGGGUGGGGCCCAGGGGGCAGGGGAUGUACCCUCUGGCCUCUCAGAGCCAGAGACCAGCACUCCACAGAGAAGCUAGGAGCUGCAGGCCAUCGGGUCCCACCCCCCGCCCCAUCCCAUGCCCUUCCCCCUCAGAUGCCUUAGGACCUGACCAGUGGCGAUGGGGUGGGCAGAUGCCCCCCUCACAGUGCUUUCCCAGGGCCCCGAGUCCCCCGUGCUGCUUGCAAUCAGUCCGUCCUGGAGGCUGUGGGACUGUGCUGGGGGGUAUGGAUGGGUUAUUUAUGUCCUGCUCGCACAGGCAGUGGGAUGGCCCGGAUCUCUGUAGGAGGCCUAGGGAAGAGACCUCACUAAAGAGAAGAGGACCUGGGAAGUGGGGCAGCUCUUAUCCGGGCCCCAUGGGGUGGGGGCAGGACCAGAGGCCACAGGCGUGAGCCGCAGCCAGACCAAAGAUGCCAGGCGGGCGCCUGGGGCAGCAGGGCGCUGCACGUGAGACCCCGGGUGGACCCAGGGCACUGGCCACCUCCAAGUGUGUCCCGGGUAAACGGCGCAGGUUUCUCAUUGGCUCCUCCCUGGUCACAACUGGGAGGACUUCUCUUUCCAGAUGCGCCUGGCUGCUCCUGGCCUGCCAAGCCAGGUUCCCAGAGUGGGGAGCGCAGCCCCACUGGGAAGGAGGGAGCACCAGGGAUCUGGUCUGUGGUGGGUGCUUGUGGCCCCCUCCCCCAGCCUCCCUGGUUCCCUCCCAGCCCUGCACACACCAAGGGAGGGGAAGGUCAGAAUGAUGACACGUGGGUCUUUUGUUUGUGGUCUUCGCCCCCCCCCCCCCCCCCCCCCCCCCGCCCCAGGGAAGUCUUAACUCAGAAGCAGUAUUUCAGGUUUUUGUCUGUUUUGUCAGUGCCAAGUGGACAUGUUGUGUCGUAUAACUUAAACAGAGCUGAGCGUUUAUUUUAUUCUUAGAAAACUUAAGUAUUGAUUUUUUUUUUUAUUUGAAGAAACUUCUUUUGCAGUAUUACUGACUUUUUUUUCCUUAAUCAGGAUUGAAACAAAAACUUUUCCAGGUGGCGUUAAUAAGCCAUUCAAGUGCCUUAAACAGCUUUAGGUAAAGGCUAGGACCGCCGGACCUGGAACGGAUUCUAAUAGGCAUGUUUCCGUUUUUACAAAAGCAGGAUUUAUUUUGUUACAGUGGCAUGAUCUGGGCUAGAAUUCUUCCCGGACGUGUUCUUUCCACCUCUUGUGAUUCCAUUCGCUGCUGACAGCAGAGCAGCCCUGAAGAGCAUAGGCUAUGCUGUGCGACUGGGCCAGACCGCGGGGCUCCAGGAGAUCAGGGUGACUGUGGCCCUGCCAGCCUCCCUCAUUUGACUGGAAUGUCUUGUGUUGGUAAUCAAAUGGGUUUCAUUGGGAAGCACCGCUUAGAGGCCCCAGCAAGUCCAGAGGCAGCCCGGGGGGGCUCGGGCUCUGUUCGGAGCCCAUCCUACACAACUGCUCCAUAGCCCCCAAAACCUCUCCUCCUGUCUCUCACCGGCCACAGCGGGCAUCCUCUGCCACCUUGCUCUGCCCACAGCCUGACCACCUCGGGGAGAGCUCUACAUUCCCUAGCAUGCUCUGGGCAGGCGGGGCUCAGGAGCUGCAAAACUGGGGUGACUCCAGCGAGGCGGCUGUGGUGUGGGUGUCCAGUGGGAAGUGACAGGGCUGUUUGCAGAGUCCAGGCAGAGGUCAAGGGCCCAGAGAGAGGGCUCUCUGGUGGGAGGACCCAGGCCUCCAGGUCUGGGAAUGGCCGUGGCUGGCCAGGAGAGUGCAGGGAGGACCCUGAUCCUAGUGUACCGAGGGGCGCCUUCUGAAGAGGCAGCAGGGCAGUGGGAGAGGCCCCCCGCAGACUCAGCAUCUACCCCACACUCCCGCAGCAGGGAUGAAGGAGCCCAGAUGACGCGAUCAAUGCCGUGACCCCCAAGGCUCCUGAUGGACGGCAUCUUAAACACAAUCGCUGCAAUUCAGAGACAGUUUGAUGGGAGCCAACAAGGACCUAGUAUUGCUCUCACUGAAUCUGAAGGCCCCACUGUUUUCUGGGGGUCCAAAGCCCCCUGUUUGGCCCUUCCUGGCACAGGGCUGGCAACAGCAUGUGGCCCUGCCCUUCACUGCUGGCCUGGCUGCCCCCGGGCGUGAUCUUAGCAGAGGGAGGAAGCGGGGACUUCUGUUGUUCUCCCUUCUUUGCCGGUCUCUGAUUCCAUGAUUGCCACCAAGAGCGGAGCUUCACCCGUGGAGCCCAGAUCUCACUGUGUGCCAGUCUGAUUCGUGCCCUGGCCUCAGGCUUGUUGCAGCGACACACCCCUCUCGCAGAGGCUUCUGCUGUCUGGGGCUGCUCGUCCUUGCCUUGGGGCUGAGGGAGCCCUUGUUCUUCUGCACAGAUGCCAGCUCUGGGCCAGCACCUAGGCAUAGAGGUCUCUUCCCUCUUGACCAGACCUAGACUGGGAGCCAUGGGCAUCUUCAGCCUCUGAAAGCCCUGGCCCCCCUCCUCUUCGGGCCACAGUCCCAAGAGGGCCCCUAGCCAGGACCCCAGGUCUGGAAGCCUCAGUCUCCAUCUCAAAUCCUAGCUUUGCCACUAGCUCAUUGUCUGAGCUAAGCAAGUCACGGAGCCCUCCUGGGCCUCAGUUUCUCCUCUCUAGGGCCCAGGGUUGCACGGAAGCUGUGAUUCUGGAAGGUCCAGGGCUGUCCUGGGGAGCUGCUGCCAGUUCCAGGGGAGCCCUCCCCUGUUGCCAGCGGGAAGGAGUGAUGAAGUAUUAUUAGGGUCUAUUCUUACAGUUAAGUGGGCUGGAAGGGAAUUGAGCUGCUGAUGCUUGCACCCAAUCUGGAACACAAAAGCUUGAGAGAGCCCUAUUAGAGAGCUCUGCUUUUACAGGUAGAACAGAUUCUGAGCCAGCAGGGGUGGGAGAAGCAGACUGGGCCCAGCUCCCCCCCUCACCCUGUAGCUGUGAGGUGGAAGGACAUGGAGCUGGGCUGGGCACAGCCAGGCUCUCCUGACCUCGCUUGUCCUUGGCACCCAGGCCAAGGAAGGAGGUGUGCUUUAAGGGGGCAGUUGUGGGGACAGGCCCCACUGGAGACAUGCAGGCUCUCUGAGGUCCCGAGCCAGCCUCUGGCCACAGCCCACUCUCUCCCUACCCUCCCCAGCCAGCACGCUGCCCUCGCCUGUUCCUGUGCCCUACUGGCUCAGAGUUCCGGGUUCCCUGCACAGGUGGGGUAUAGUCCCGGGGCCAGGGGUACAGCCACGCCAGUUCCCAGGCCUAGCCCUGACAAGGGCUCAACGGAAACCUGCUGGGCCUGUGCAGAGUAAGCUGGUUUGCCUUGGGAUCCUGCCGGUCGCCCCCAGGAGGCAGCCCCAGGAGACCAGCACUUUCUGCCGAGGCUCCACAGCUUUGCCAAACAUGCCAAGCUUUGCCAUUCAUGCGCCAUGCAGCCUUGCCAAGGGUUUAUCUGUGCAUAUCUCAGCAGGGCUCCUGGGAGAGGUGUUUUCUGCGAGGGGCAUCUUGUCCCAAGACAGGAUGGCUGUUCCCUCUGUCUGUAGGGAUGAGUCCCAGGCUGAAGGGGCCAGAAACUUGGUUUCCUCCCAGGGGUCACUGUGCUCAAGUGUCAAUAAACCAUGAGUUCUGAAACCCUGUCA